AUGGGGGCCACAGACAGCGAAUUUUAUUUACUUUCAGGAGGGGCGGGUAAAGGUGGCGGAGAGGACCCCGGGAAGUCGCCCGAGCAGGAAGAGGGGGCGCAGCCCCAGGUCCUGCACGGAGCGGGCCAUUGUAAAUGGUUCAAUGUGCGGAUGGGGUUUGGAUUUAUAUCAAUGACCAGCCGCGGGGGAAGUCCGGUGGAUCCUCCUUUGGAUGUGUUCGUACACCAAAGCAAGCUCUUCAUGGAGGGGUUCCGCAGCCUGAAAGAGGGGGAACCCGUGGAGUUCACCUUUAAGAAAUCCUCCAAGGGCCUGGAGUCCCUCCGUGUAACGGGCCCGGGCGGUGGGCCUUGUGCCGGGAGCGAAAGGAGACCUAAAGGGAAGACCAUGCUGCAGAAACGAAAACCAAAGGGAGACCGAUGCUACAACUGUGGCGGCCUGGACCACCAUGCCAAGGAGUGCAGCUUACCGCCGCAGCCAAAGAAAUGCCAUUACUGCCAGAGCAUCACACACAUGGUGGCACACUGCCCCCACAAGACUCUCACAACCCCCGUGCCCUCCAGCUCUCAGGGAAGAUUCGGCACAGAACCGCAGCCCUCUACCUCCACCUUUGCCAUGCCCCCGUACCCGCCCGAACCCGGCGAGGGGCGUGGACGCUCCCCGCGGGAGGCUUCCCCAAACAGUAAGUCGUCCGGCUCCCCGGAAGAUCCCGUGCAGAAGGGGCCCUCGGUCCAGAAACGGAAAAAAACCUGA